UUGAUGCCGUUUAGAAGCAGACAUAUUGGGAAGUACUACUAAUAACAGACUUCCCAUUUUUGUGACCACAGUGUGUGAAAAUGUGUCACAAGGAAGAAAUAGGACCGAAGGAGAAACAUGCGAGUCUGUCAGACGCCAGUAGAAACCUUCUCGCAGCGUAUGGUGGCCAACAUGGAGCUGGUGUUGGUGCGCCAUGGAUUUGAGUACCGGACUCGGGACGGUCGGCUUGUGUCCAUCAAGCCCGACGAAACCUACUUCCUGGUGUCCAGGACUAACCAACACUGGUGGCAGGUGCGCUCCCACCAGGACCACGCCAGACCUUUCUACGUCCCCGCUCAGUACGUCAGCCAGCUGGCCUCACCUGCAGACCUUGGAGAUCCCUGCCAGCGUUCCCCGUCUGCUUCCUGUGGGGACCAGGCAGAGACCACACCUGCGCCACACCCAGGUGAUGGUGCACCUGAUGGUGAAGACGCCUAUGGGGAGGUGGAGUUGAGCGGUGGAGAAGAUGAGAGCCGUCAGUCUUGGUCCCACCUUUAUGAUGUCAUGGCGGAGGACAACAUCACACACAAGGUGAGGAAAACAGGUCGAGUGGGCUGGGUGGCAGGAAGGAGUUCAGGCGGCAGCCACGCCCGGAGACCUGCUCCCUAA